AUGACUCAGGUACCUACUUAGCGCCAAGUCCCUCUCGCCCAACCUGGUUAGAUUUCGGUAUUAUUUUCACCGCCUCCGUCACCUCCAAUCCAAAGCGGCAAGAGCAAACCACUUCUCCAAUUAAUUUUUGCAACGGCAAUCCCAAAUUCGCGCCAACUGAUGCUGAAAUUCCUAUUAUUCUACCACGGGACAUUGAUCGAGUCUUAGAACUCGCUAUAUCUGUCUGUUCAUCAUGUCAAAAUCAGACUCAAAGUCCAAAUCAAAAUCAAAGUCCUCAAAGUCUUCCGAUCAACCUACCUCAAGCGCCGCACCAGAGCCCACUUCCAAAUCCCUCUUCGAUACCAACAAGUCUCUAGACCCUGCCCUCGCCUCACUUUUCGCUUCCAGUUCGGGCCCUGUCACAAUUGUCCCCAAGGCUGUCCAGCCCUUAAAAAAGAAAGCAAAACCAGUCGAGACCAUCGAAGAUGACGAUACUUCUGAUGAGGGUGAAGGCACUGGCUCGGAGGGAUCUCAUGAUAUAAGUGACUCGGAUGAGGCGUCUGCCCCGCCGACCUCGACUGAACCCCCUCGAAAACGCAGACGUUUGGUCAAUGGAGACAGUCAGGAUCUCGAAGCCGCCUACUUUAAGCGUCUGGAGCGAGAAGAAGAGAAAGAAAUCAAACAGAGGAAACAGGAGCGCAAGGAAACCGUGCCCCACGACGCAGACGUUACAUCUAGCUCCGACAGUGAAGACUCUGAUCAAGAUGUCGAUUCUGAACCCUCCGACGACCACCCUGUCCACGAGUCUUUAUCUCGUAUCAGCACUGACGCCGACAAACUCAAACGCACCGUCUUUCUCGGCAAUGUUUCGACAGAAGCCAUCAAAACCAAGGCAGCAAAACGUGUUCUGACCAAGUAUCUCCGUUCUGUCGUCAAGUCGCUGCAAGAAUCCCCCGACAGCAAAAAGCGAGUGGGAAAAUUAGAAUCGCUCCGAUUCCGCUCCACCGCAUACGCACCCAGUUCGGGUCCGAAAAAGGCCACCUUCGCAAAGAAGGAACUUCUCGAUGCUACAACAAGCAGUACUAAUGCUUAUGCCGUCUUCACCACGACUCUGGCUGCCGAGCUGGUGGCUCCAAAACUCAACGGCACCAUUGUGCUCGACCGGCAUCUUCGCGCCGACUGGCUUGGUUCCCCCACCCAGCACAACCACCGCCGCUGUAUCUUUGUCGGCAAUCUAAGCUUUGUGGAUGAAGAAGCCCCGUCGACGGACCCGACCGAUGGCACUCUCCGUCCCAAAGGCAAAACUCCUGCCGAUCCGGAGGAGGGUCUGUGGCGUACCUUUGGCAAGAUCGGCACUGUUGAAUCCGUGCGUGUGAUCCGCGAUCAAGAAACGCGUGUGAGUAAGGGGUUCGCCUAUGUGCAGUUCACCGACGAAAAUAGCGUCGAGAAGGCAUUACUGCUCAACGAAAAGAAAUUUCCUCCGAUGCUGCCACGAAAGCUUCGUAUCAUGCGAGCCAAGAAAACCAAACCCAAAGCCCCCUCCCGUGGCAUCGGAGCAGAGAAGAAGUCAGGGCGAGGAAAGUUGGGCUUCCUCGACAGCACGUCAUCAAGGAAACAGGCCAUGAGGCGAAAAAAUGCUGGAGAUGCUGGUGGUGGCCGCCGAGUGAUCUUCGAGGGUCAUCGAGCGACCUCGGAAAAAGGAUCAAGCAAGAAGAAGUCAGACAAAUCGAAACAGAGGAAUUCUAAAAGGCCAGUCACGCGGAGUAGCCGUCGUGGUGCCGCCUUCAAGGCUGCCGGCGGGAGGAAAGCACGUGCUGAGAAGCAAGCGUCCAGGCCGCGAUGAUGAAUGGAGGGUCUGAUGGUGUAAGCAUGUAGAGCAACAACAUCCAUUGUCAGCAUGACUACAUGUAAGCGAUCGUUCGACCAGGGAACGGGUGCUACAAUGAUGACUGUCACACGCCCUAGAGCAUGUCAGCUCCAGCCUCCCCACGCCCCCACUGGACUAUUCACACAGACUUCUUUCUCAUGGCCCCAUAACCUCUACUGACAAUUCGUUCAUGUAGAUACACUCUGAAGACGCAUAGACCUAGAAUAAAAUCAUC